UGGAAGACACAUUCCAUGAUGGCCUUCAACCAGCUGAUCUGUAUGGCAGCUGGACUGGGUCUGCUGAUGAAAGAGUGUGACUGCCAGCUCAUGGUAUGUGGUAAACCAUUACUUAACACUAGGAUUGUGGGAGGAGAGACAGCUCCUGCAGGCAGCUGGCCCUGGCAGGUCAGUCUGCACAGAUCUGGACACUUCUGUGGAGGAUCUCUGAUUAAUGACCAGUGGGUCCUAACUGCUGCUCACUGUGUCAGUCAGUCAUCAUCUUUAAUAACAGUAUAUCUGGGUCGUCAGAGUCAGGAGGGAUCCAACCCAAAUGAAGUCAAUCGGACAGUAUCACUGAUCUCCAUUCACCCUGAUUUUAAUGUUGCAACCUUAACCAACGAUAUUGCACUACUAAAGCUGUCUGAACCAGUAAGUUUCACCAGCUUUAUCUUACCAGUCUGCCUAGCUACCCAAAACAGCACCUUCUACACCGGAGUUCACUCAUGGAUAACUGGCUGGGGAAACAUUGAAAGUGGAGUCCCUCUUCCUUCUCCUCAAAACCUGAUGGAGGUAAAGGUACCGGUUGUGGGGAACAGACAGUGCAAGUGCAGCUAUGGAGAGAGCACCAUCACUGAAAACAUGAUAUGCGCUGGUUUACAGGAGGGAGGGAAGGAUUCCUGUCAGGGGGAUUCCGGAAGUCCGAUGGUAGUCAAGCAGGGUGAACACUGGAUUCAAGCAGGAAUUGUAAGUUUUGGAUCAGGAUGUGCUGAGCCAGAUUCCCCAGGCGUCUACACCAGAGUAUCGAAUUAUGAGAGCUGGAUCAAAAGUGUGAUCAGCAUCAACCAGCCAGGCUUCAUUACCUUCAUGUCCAACGGGACAGACAGUGACCUCAGCGUUUCCUGUACAACCCAGACAACAAAUCAACCUAAUGAGGAUGUGACAUACCUAUCUGAGUGCGGUUUGGCACCACUCAACACCAAGAUUGUUGGAGGAGAAGACGUUUCUCCUGGCAGCUGGCCCUGGCAGGUCAGCCUGCACAUCAAUACCCACAUUUGUGGAGGAUCUCUGAUCAAUGAACAGUGGGUGCUAACUGCUGCUCACUGCCUCUCCGGGUUCAACCCUGCUAUUAUAACAGUGUAUCUGGGUCGUCAGGUUCAGAAUGGAUCCAACCCAAAUGAAAUCUCCCGGACAGUAUCAAAGUUUAUUCUUCAUCCGGACUUUGGACUCUUUGAAAAUGACAUUGCCCUCCUGAAACUGUCUUUACCAGUGAAUUUCACCAGUUACAUCUUUCCGGUCUGCCUGGCGGCCUCAAAUAGCACUUUCCACAGUGGGGUUAAAUCAUGGGUUACUGGCUGGGGAAAUAUUAGAUUUAAUGAUCCCCUUCCAUCACCUGGAAACCUUUUGGAAGUGGAGGCUGAGAUUGUGGGAAAUGGACAAUGCAGUUGUGACUAUGGUGACAUAGGUAAUGUCAGUAUUACAAAAAACAUGAUAUGUGCUGGGUUUCGUGAAGGAGGAAAGGGACCCUGUUUUGGAGAUAGUGGAGGUCCACUGGUUAGUAAGCAGGAUGAUCGCUGGAUUCAGGCUGGAAUUGUUAGUUUUAGUGUUGGUUGUGCCAAGCCAUAUUUCCCAGCAGUCUACACCAGAGUGUCCCAGUACAAUAACUGGAUAAACAGUCACAUCACCAGAAACAGGCCAGGCUUCAUAAACUUUACAUCCAACCGGACUGAGAGUGAUUUUAAUGUUUCCUGUACAAGACCCAAUAUCAACCGAAUAACAGUAAACAUAUCUGAGGUAUGUGGUCGACAGUUGCUCAAAACCAGGAUUGUUGGAGGAGAGGUAGCUCCUCCAGGCAGCUGGCCCUGGCAGGUCAGCCUGCACAUCUUUGAACACUUCUGUGGAGGAUCUCUGAUCAAUGACCAAUGGGUGCUGACUACUGCUCACUGUGUUCAAAGGUGGAGUAUGUCACCAUAUUUAUUGACUGUAUAUCUUGGUCGUCAGAGUCAGGAGGGAUCCAACCCAAAUGAAGUAAUUCGUAAAGCAACUCAGAUCACUAUUCACCCAGACUACAUUUCUACCUCUUUUAACAAUGACAUUGCAGUUCUGAGGCUGUCUGCACCAGUAAAUUUCACACAAUACAUCUUACCAGUAUGCCUAGCUGCCACGAACAGCACCUUUUACACCGGGGUCGACUCCUGGAUAACUGGCUGGGGAAACAUUGGAAGUGGAGUCCCUCUUCCUUCUCCUCAAAACCUGAUGGAGGUAAAUGUACCGGUUGUGGGGAACAGACAGUGCAAGUGCAGCUACGGAGAGAGCACCAUCACUGAAAACAUGAUAUGUGCUGGUUUACAAGAGGGAGGGAAGGAUUCCUGUCAGGGGGAUUCUGGAGGUCCGAUGGUAAGCAAGCAGGGUGAACGCUGGAUUCAAUCAGGAAUUGUAAAUUUUGGAUUAGGAUGUGCUGUGCCAGAUUUCCCAGGCGUCUACACCAGAGUAUCGAAUUAUGAGAGCUGGAUCAAAAGUGUGAUCAGCAUCAACCAGCCAGGCUUCAUUAACUUCAUCUCCAACGGGACUGACAGUGACCUCAGCGUCUCCUGUACCAACCAAACAACCGCAAUGCCAACUAAACCUAAACCUCCGGAAAAUGCAGAAGGUUUCAGAUCAUUGAGACAGAAUGAGACCAGCAUCACUCUACAUUGGGAUCCAGUUAAAAACAAUGUCAGCUUCAUUGUCCAUUAUAAUGGAAAAGAGAUUCAUGUAGCAGCACCAGCAGGAAAUGGACCAGUUACUCUGACAGUCUCAUCUCUCACUCCUGGAACUACAUACCUGUUCAUUCUCUUCUCUGUUUUUGAAAACAUCAGAAGCAGUGGAGUCAGCAUAGCUGCAGUUACUGCUCCUGAAAAUGCGGAUGGCGUCAGAGCAUCAAAUCAAAAUGAGACCAGUAUAACUCUGCAGUGGAAUAAAAUUAACAACAAUGUCAGCUUUGUUCUGCAGUUUAAUGGCACAGAGACAAAUAUCACUGCAACAGAUGGAAAUGGACCAAUAACUCACACAGUAUCAUUUCUCACUGCUCGGACAUACUACACAUUCACACUGUUCUCUGUUUUUAAAAACAUCAGAAGCAGUGGAGUCAGCUUUGUGGCAGCUACCGGUCCAAACUAUGUUUUGGCAAUGAAGAUGAGGCUACAGCUUCCCAGAAAAAUGUCAGAAUUGGAGAUGGAAGAUGCUUUGGUAGAGCUUUUCAAAACAUAUAACUUGCCAUCACAGCUUUCCGUGAAAAUCACUUCUUCAAAACCAUGACAUUAUUGGAGAGUCCCAGUAGUGGAAAAGGUUAUCAGCAACAUCGCUACUCUUUUGAAAUAAAUUCAGAAAUGUCUUUGAUUUUAUACACAGUUUUAAUUUUAAAUCUUGUCAUUUAACACUCACCUGUUUGAUUAUUCCUGUUCCUCUUUUUCUUUUCUUUUUGCCAACCAAGACCGAAUCAAAGGUUUCAUUGUAUUUUCAUGCAUUUCUAUAUAAAAUGUUUUAUGAAUAUAUUUUUUCUUUAACUUUAACAACUGUUCAUGGGGCUUUUUUUGUUUGUUUUACUUGGAGCUGGGCUUUUAUUUUUACACAGAAAUAUGGCAAGCUACACUUAAAUGCUUAGAAAAGAAGAGAAACAAAGUUUUUAACAUUUGACUAAUGGUACACACAACACACAAUGUACCUCAGGUCAAUAUGUCAGUGAUAAAUUAAUUUUUUGACAUUGUUUGCUUCUGCAAUAUAUUUUGCUUAUGAAUAACAAAAUUUACAUUUUUUAUGCUAACCAUGAAGUCAUAUAUAUGACUUCAUAUACUUCAAUAUACAGCAAAAGUUAUUUCUGUCUACUUCUACAUGUAUGUUCUUGCAACUGCUCUUUAGGGUCCAGUUUUUUUAUCAACCCCCGUUUCCAGCAGUAGCAACUUUAACUAUUCUUUAAGCAAACAUAUAUAAUAAAGUAAAUGGGUUUAAAUACCAGAGGCUCUUCUAAGGUAUUUUAAAAGUGCCUCUCUACCCAAUGGACUGCUGUUUUGCUUUCUUUCAUUUUUUUUCUUAAAAGCUUUACAAUGUAAAAGAAAACAUAUAGUGGUGCAAUAAAAUACAUUAUUUGGGUCUAA